GGGUAUAGUAAAAACUCACCGAGACAUUCAACAAUGCUAUCGAACAGUCAUUUUGACCAAACGUUUGGUGGUUUCCAUGAAGCUAUUAAUUUAGCAAGCAAAUCUUACACUGAUAAGUAUAAUAGUAAAGUUUUUUAGAUACUAUGGUGCAAUCCAAAGCCUCCUUGAAAGUGGUUCUUAUUCAACUUAGAAUUCCUUGUGGUUUUUUAUGGACGCAAUGUGUAAUUUAUCUUAGACUGUUACAAUUGUUUAAGAUUUUGUUUGCCCAUUAUUCUCUUCUCGGUUGCUCAACUUGCAUCGAACUUUCGAGCAAGACAUUGGUUUGUAUGAUGCACCUUCAUCUCGUUUGCAUCAUCUUUACUUUAUUUAUUUCAUCGAUUGUAGUGGCUGAUUCAGAAUUGUGUCGUGGUGUUAACUCAACUCAGUCAACGACGUUUGUUGUUCCUAGAGAACUUCAAGGAAACUUGCCACAUUGUCAACCUGUUGGAAAUUGGACCUUUCAUCACAAGCUCAACGUUAGUCAGUGGAAUUACUACGCUGUAGCUGGAGGGUGUCCUGAAGAGGGCUAUUUUCGAAGGUUGCGAAUCCUAUUGAAACCUAACUUUUAUCUCGACUCUCCUGCUCUAGUUUUAGAGGUAACUUGAAUACUCUUGUUUAUUUCUCUCAACGAAUAAUAGGUUUAGAUCCGAACGAGCACCAUCU